AUGGACUUUCCCAUGAACUGGCUGCCGCCCGAUAACUCGAUUGCUAUCGACUAUGACAGCAUCGUGGGUUGGGGUAUAGGCUCAUUAGAUUAUUUCUCAUUCCCAGAUUCGUCAACAGACGUUGCUGCGACCAACACGACAAACCCAGAAGCAUCAGCUGAAAAUGAACCACUGAGUAUCAACAGCAUCCAGAAUCGUACAUCGGCGCCCCGAUCUCCGCACUCGUCCAAGCACACCGUCUCCCCCAGCGCUGCCCCUGGUGGUCUGUACGCCACAAGCUUCAAUGGGGCCAGGAUGCCAUGCACUGUCCGAGGUCGAAGAGCCAAUCGAUUGCUUCCGGGUGCCACCCCAAUCCAACCUGUCGGCUCGCUAAGACCUCAAACUCACUCAAGCACUGAAGCACUGGAGUUCCCUGAUACGAGCCAUAUUCUUCUCAAUGACCAGGACUCCAAACUUUGCCUUGGAAACGACACCAUUUUCUCAUCCUACGCAAGCUCGCGAUACCCUGGUUUAUCUACUCUGAACAUGUUUGUGCAACUCUACCUCGACAAUUUCGACCCCAUCCUUCCCAUCUUGCACGACCAAGUGGUCCAGAUAGCAAAUCACUGGCUUCUUGCUCUUGCAGUGUGUGCAAUUGGCUGUCAAUAUGCGGAGGCAGAUGAAUUUUCGAAAAUGGUCGAGCCGCUGCACGAGUUUCUUCGACGAGCCAUCGCAGUGGAAUAUAUGAACUGCAAUCUCCAGGAUAUAGGAAAAACGGGUAGUGGCAUCGCUUUGGCCCAGGCCAUGACCCUCAGUCAGGUUGGUAUGCUUUACUCUGGAUCUCGGCAAUUGCUGCAACACGCAAAAGCACAGCAUGGGGCGCUUGUUUCCAUGGCUCGUAACUUGGCUCUCCAAAACCCUACUUCCGGACCCGUUGCAACUUUCUUGCAGUUUGGUGGCGACCGGCAUGCAUCGGCCUGGAGCAAAAUCAUAUCUGAAGAGUGUAAACGCAGGAUUGGUUACGCUGUUUGGCUUUUGGAUUGCAUGGCAGUAUAUCACUUUCAACAACAGCCAUCGAUGCCAUCUCAUUUAGCUCCCGUACCCCUGCCAAACGACAAGAUUUGGCAACUAAGAUCUGCGUCCGACUGGGCCGCACAAUCGGCAACCAUACAGGAAACCCCAUCCCUGGCCUCUGCAACCAUUUCACUGUUCCGCGAAAAGCAGAUUGUGGGGAACCUAGGUCAAUUUAGUCAUGUAAUUCUGCUUCAUGGGGUUUUCCGAGAGAUCUUCCAGCUCAAAGAUUGCUUUGCAAGACCGCUUGGCAAUUGGAUUCCGUCCAUUCAGCAAGCAGCGAGGGACAAUGAAGACAUUCCCAACAUGUCGGCCGGCCCCGGCCCGUGGAGCGAGGAGUUGCUCAGCAGCUGGCGUAAUGCGGCGCUCGAUUGCGUUGACGUGCUACACUGGGCUGCAAACGGAACAAUUGCUCGACAAGCAGGGACCGAGCAUCCCGCUGUGUUCCACCUACAUUUCUCAAGAACAGUUUUGCUAGCGCCGUUCAACCGCUUCCAGACUCUGGCCGAAUCAAUAGUUUCCUUCACAGUCGAUCCAGCCUCUCGCGCACGUCAUACGUCCAGCCGCCAACAAGCCAUCGAGGCCGAACGCGACAUUCUUGAAUGGGCGCAGAGAGAUCAGUGUAAGGCGAGGUUAGCCGUACUACACAGCGGAUGCUUAUUCUGGCAUGUGCGACGUUACAGCACCAGGGCCUUUUACGAACCCAUAGCCAUAUUCCUGGCUACGCUGACCAUAUGGGCGUAUAGUUCGUAUGCUUCGAGAACGAGUCCCUCGAGCCAAGAUCGUAUCCGGUCUGCAGGUGACACUCAGGAUGCUGGCAGUGAGAUGCACAGUGGAGAUGAUCCCCAGGAUGCUCUCGAUGCGCGCUCCCCUUCCGACAGUGACUUCGGGCCGGUGCCAACGUUUAUACAUUUAGACCGGCCCAAUGAUGACGAAAUGGUGCAAUUCUUCGUCAGAUUCGGCACCGCUGCCAAUAUGAAGGCAAACGUGGCAGGUGUAGGCGAUAUAUACUCGACAAAGGGACCCGCAAGAAUACUACGCGAAGGACGCAAGAUACUAGCCGCAGUCUCCACUGCCUGGGGCAGAUCAGAGAAAAUGUCUUCCCUCCUUGCGAUGCUGGAACAGAUCGCGUCAGGUCGCAUGACGCCAGCUUCGGCUGCAGAGUGA